UGUUCGAACGGGCUUGUACUGACUGAAUCCGGCUCUGCCGGUUUAAGAGAGCCGCCCACGGUUCGUUUCUUCUGUCGGGUGUCGGGUCUGGUGGUCGAGGACGAGAAGCGGCCUGCAGUCUGCACUUCUGUAGUUCUAUUUCUAUAGUCCCCUGGUCCCAAGUCCCAACUGCACUCCUAAAAGUCUGACGGUUAGUAGAAUAAAAAUCCAGGGAAAGGUUUAUCCUAAGCUCCUUCCCUCUCCUUUCCUCUGAUUGUCUGAAUCUCACAUUCAUGGCGUUGGUUACUCCAGAGCUCUUCAAACUACAUUGUUCAAAUGACCCCAAAUCCCACUCCUUUCCCUUUUAUUCCUCACACAUACCUUCGUCCAAAAUGGCGAUCAAGACGAAGAGUAGCAGCCGAAGAACUGUAAUUUCCUGCAAAAGUAGCAAGGAAGAGGGAGCUUGGGAGGAGAAGAAGGAUGGGUUUGUAGAUUACGACAAGGGGGAACAUAGAGUUUCAGCUCGGGUGAGUGGGCUCAGGAAAGAUGACAUCCCGAAGCGGUACCGGUUACGUGUCGAAGGGGACCGGUGGCAAAGAGAUUGGACAAUCUCUCAGGUUGUUCAGAAAAUUCUCAAGCUCAAUCGCUGGGAAGACAUUGAAGGAGUUCUUAAUCGGUGGCCUGGUCGAUUUGCAAGGAAGAAUUUCCCUGUUCUUAUUCGGGAGAUGACAAAACUGGGUUCGCUUGAACAUAGUGUUCAAGUUUUCUCUUGGAUGAAAAAUCAAAAGAACUACUGUGCUCGAAAUGAUAUUUACAAUAUGAUGAUUAGGUUGCAUGCAAGGCAUAAUAGAACAGAUCAAGCACGUGGCUUGUUUUUUGAGAUGCAAGAGUGGAGGUGCAAACCUGAUGCUGAAACGUACAAUGCUCUCAUUAAUGCACAUGGUCGAGCUGGUCAAUGGCGUUGGGCUAUGAAUAUCAUGGAUGACAUGCUUCGUGCAGCUAUUCCUCCAAGUCGGUCAACAUACAAUAAUCUUAUUAAUGCUUGUGGAUCAAGUGGACACUGGAGAGAGGCUCUGAAAAUCUGCAAGAAAAUGACAGAAAAUGGAGUUGGGCCUGAUCUGGUGACACACAAUAUUGUUUUAUCUGCAUACAAAAAUGGGGCUCAGUAUUCUAAGGCUUUGUCCUAUUUUGAAUUAAUGAAAGGGACAAAUAUCCAUCCUGACACAAUCACCCUUAACAUAGUCAUAGACUGUCUGGCAAAGCUGGGACAAUAUGGGAAAGCUGUGGACCUUUUCAACUCAAUGAGGGAGAAAAGAGCUGAGUGUCGCCCUGAUAUUGUAACAUUUACAAGUAUUAUUCAUGCAUAUUCUCUUUGUGGACAGAUAGAAAACUGCAAGGCUGUAUUUGACAUGAUGCUUGCUGAAGGUUUAAAACCAAAUAUUGUUUCCUAUAAUUCACUUAUUGGUGCAUAUGCCUUGCAUGGAAUGCAUAAAGAGGCCCUGUCAGUUUUUAAUGAACUUAAAAGUUCUGGCAUUCGGCCUGAUGUUGUGUCAUAUACUUCUUUACUUAAUGCUUAUGGUAGAUCACACCAACCUGAAAAGGCCAGAGAAAUAUUUGAUAUGAUGAGACAGAACUCAUGGAAGCCCAAUUUAGUGAGUUACAAUGCACUGAUUGAUGCGUAUGGAUCUGAAGGUUUGUUAGCUGAGGCUGUGGAGGUGCUGCGUGAAAUGGAACGUGAUGGAGUUCAACCAAAUAUUGUCACAAUAUGCACUCUCUUGGCGGCCUGUGGCCGCUGUGGUCAAUUGACAAAAAUUGAUUCUGUACUUUCUGCAGCUGAGUUGAGAGGGAUUGAAUUGAACACUGUUGCAUAUAAUUCAGCUAUUGGUAGCUAUUUGAGUGUAGGGGAGUAUGAAAAAGCUCUAACCUUGUAUAGAUCUAUGAGAAGAAAGAAAGUUAAACCUGAUUCUGCCACUUUCAGCAUACUAAUAAGUGGCUCUUGCAAAAUGGCAAAGUAUGACGAAUCACUCAAUUUUUUGGGUGAGAUGAUGGAUUUAAAAAUUCCUUUAUCUAAUGAGGUGUGCUCAUCUGUAAUCUGUGCUUACAGCAAAAAGGGCCAACUUGGUGAAGCUGAAUCUUUGUUCACAACAAUGAAGAUGGAUGGCUGUAGUCCUGAUGUCAUAACCUAUACUGCCAUGAUACAUGCAUAUAAUGCAGCAGAAAACUGGAAGAAAGCAUGUGCUCUAUUUGAAGAAAUGGAAAUGGAUGGUAUCCAACCUGAUUCUAUUGCAUGCUCUUCACUGAUGAAAGCUUUUAACAGAGGAUGCCAACCAUCCAAGGUUCUUCUUCUGGCAGAGUUGAUGAGAGAGAGAAAAAUCCCUUUCAUUGAAGCCACUUUCUUUGAAAUUAUAUCAGCCUGUAGCAUGCUACGAGACUGGAGAACAGCAAUGGACCUAAUUGAAGUGAUGGAGGUGUCAUUCUCAGAGGUCUCAGUUGGAUUAAUAAAUCAUCUUCUGCAUUUCCUUGGGAAAAGUGGAAAGAUUGAGACCAUGAUGAAGCUGUUUUACAAAAUACUGGCAUCAGGUGCAGAUGUCAACAUAGGGACCUAUUCAGUUUUGUUGAAGAAUCUUUUGGCUGCUGGAAAAUGGAGAAAGUAUAUUGAGGUACUGGAAUGGAUGGAAGAAGCAGGAAUUCAACCUUCACUUGGAAUGUAUCGCAGCAUUACCUCCUUUGCAUGGAAAGGUGGUGGGACAGAAUAUGCUUCUCUCAUACAUGAAAGGAUGGGCUCCCUGAAGACAAAAGCAAUGGAUAAAAUCCCACCAGAUACGCUGUACAAAGGGCAAACUUGCAUGAAGCAUCCUGUACAAUGACUGAACAGAUAAAAGACUAAUGUCAUAAUAUCAGGUUUAAGGCUGUACAGUGUCCAGAAUUCUUUACUAGUAUGUACCAUUCACUGACAAGAGAUGCUUACUGAUAUACACAUACAAUGCAAAUGUAAAAUCACAUAUCAUAAUUGAAAUUAAUGUUUCUAUUGGUGGGAAAUUUUUUCCUGA